AUGAUGAUGAUGAUGCCGGGUUUGGUGUCGGUGUACCCGAACCUGCUGCGCCCCUCCGCUGCCAUGUUUCACCCCUACGCGCACCCGCCACUCAUCCCUGCACACUGCAGGCCCCCGGGUCGCUCCGGGUUCCUGGUGGAGGAUCUGCUGCGCAUCAGCUCUUCAUCUCAUCCGCCGUCGCCACCAUCAUCCGCCGUUAGUCCAUCACCAGAACUGCCAGAAUUCGGAGCUUUUUCUCCAAAAACGUCAAGCAAAGAAACAGUGCAGCUCAAAUUCGGGGUGAACGCCAUCCUGGCACCCUCGCCCAAAAAACCUGCGGCUCCACUUCUGAACCUCCACCAUAAAGCAGUUCCUUAUUUCGAUGGCUCCUUUUACCCUUUCAUCCGCUCCUCUUACUUCCCUGGUUCUUCUCCAGCGGUGCCCAUACCCGGGACCUUCUCCUGGCCGCUGGUCUCCAGAGGAAAACCCCGGAGAGGGAUGCUACGCCGAGCCGUGUUCUCCGACCUGCAGCGCAAAGCUCUGGAGAAAACCUUCCAGAAACAGAAAUACAUCAGCAAACCCGACCGCAAAAAACUGGCCAACAAACUCGGACUCAAAGACUCACAGGUCAAGAUCUGGUUCCAGAACCGUCGGAUGAAGUGGAGGAACUGUAAGGAACGCGAGCUCCUUUCCACCGGGGGCUGCAGGGAACAAACGCUGCCCACCCGCAUGAACCCUCACCCCGACCUGAGCGACCUGCAGGACCAAGCGUACGCCCCCCACGAGGAGGACGAGGACAUGGAGGAAGGUGUGAGCAGUGUGGACUCGUGCACCUCACCCAAAUCUGAGUCCUCGCAGCACGCUACACACUCACGGGCGUCGUCAGUGUCUGUGUACAGCAAACACUCAGAUUCCAAACUGUCGGACUGCUCUGAAUCAGAGGACGAGAUCAACGUGUCCUAA